GAAGUUGUUCAUUGCUUUUCCAAAUUUUAGGACCUUUUGGCCUUCAUUUUGCUCUUCCAUCAAGAACCACCUGGUCCUAACAAACAUCAGUUUUCAAGCUGUUUCUUCGGUCACAAGUUACUUCUUGCAGCUGCCAUGGAAAAGAUGGUUUCAUAUUUCAUGGGAGCGCAAAACCACACCCUAACAGAAAGUUAUUCAUGAGAACUUAUUUAAGUGGCUAUUCAUUAACAUACAAUGGUAAUGUAAACAAGACUUCCAUGCAUAAUGCUCGUGCAUUCUGUUACAUUUUGUCCUUUCUUUGCUACCUUUUUUGUUAUUCAUAAACCCUAAUCCCCCUGCUACACCACGCCAGUCUCGACCGGGUUUUUUGGUGAAUCAUGGAGAGAUUUUUCCUGGCACUUCUUCUCAUCAUCGCGUCAUCGAGUGUUUCAGUUUAUCCAGCAUACAAUGUACAAUCCAUUUUCACAUUUGGAGACUCCAUUUUCGACGCCGGAAACAAUCACUUCAACAAGAACUGCUCCGCCCAGGCUGAUUUCCCUCCUUAUGGUUCAAGUUUCUUCCACCAACCCACUGGAAGAUUUACCAAUGGCAGAACAGUUGCUGAUUUCAUAUCUGAAUUUAUUGGCAUUGAUCUCCAAAAACCAUAUCUGGAAGCACAGAUUGAGGUCAUUAAUGGAAGUAGGAAAGCUUACCCCUCCAACGGAAUCAACUUUGCUAGUGCUGGCAGUGGCUUUCUGCAAGAAACAAACAAGGAUUUGGGAGUGAUUGCAAUCCAGGAACAGCUACUACAAUUUCAAACAUUGGUGAAGCAAAACCAAAUUGACAGAAGUUCAAUUCAAAAUUCAAUCUUCUUCCUCGAGUCCGGUUCCAACGACAUAUUCAACUACUUCGUGCCCUUUGACCCUCCAAAACUUGAUCCAGAUGCCUAUGUGCAGGCAAUGUUAAAAGAAGCAGCAAACUUGAUAGACCAAAUACACAAACUUGGAGUGCGCCGGAUUGCUGUUUUUUCACUAGGCCCUGUAGGUUGCGUUCCAGCAAGAGCCCUCUUGCCUCAUGCACCUGUCAAUAGAUGUUACGAAAAGAUCAAUGUGAUGGUUAAGAAAUUUAACACUGGAUUGGAGAGUUUGGUUAAAGACAUUCCCACCAAGUACCCUGGUGCCGUUGGAGUUUAUGGAGCAGUCUAUGACAUCGUUCAGCGUUUUCGAGCAGUUCCCACAAACUAUGGUUUUUCUGAUGUCGAAAACGCGUGUUGUGGUUAUGGAGCUCUUAGAGGACUGGUGCAAUGUGGCAAGGAGGGUUACAAGAUGUGUCAAAAUCCCAAUUCAUUCUUAUUCUGGGAUUACUUUCAUCCCUCUGAGCAUACCUAUCAACUGAUCUCUCAGGCCUUAUGGGUCGGAGACACGUCUCGAAUCAGGCCAAUUAAUCUGAAGUAUCUAGCCAGCUCUACCUCCUUUCACUAAAGAAUAUUGAGAAACAGAACCAGUAUAUUUCAUUAAAUUUAUUUCAAUUGGACUGUAGCUGUUUACUUGCUAUUUCUUGCUCAUAUGUGAACCAGUAUGACAUGAGGAAAAAAAAGCAACAGGA